AUGUUGCAGAAACAAGAAGCAGUAACGCAGCCACGCCUAGAGCGUCUCGAGAAAAUGCUCGGUGAUCCUCUCUUCGAGAGCAUACUCUGGGGCCACGAGUACGACCUAGGUGGACUAAACAACAGUCUGCGUGUUAAGAUCGAGUCCGGGCAGUUCAAGAGGAUUGUGUUCUAUGGGAUGGGAUGCUCCUCGGUGGUGUCCGACAUUGUCAAGGGCUUCUUUCUGACGGAGCGCAUCCCGAUACACGUCCAGGUUGUCAACGACUACGACAGCGACUGGUUUAUCGACAGAGACACCUUGAAAGACGAUUCCACGCUGACAAUCAUCGUCUGCUAUAGCGGCUGGUCGGUCGAGCCGUGCCUGUUCUUCGAGACCAUGCGAAAGAUGACAGGAAACAGAAACCUGAUUGUUCUAUCUGGAGGCGGGAAGAUUGCCUCUCUGUGCAAGGAGCAGGGCACCUCGUUGGUCCAGUAUAAGCUAAGACAUGCCGACCGGGAAUACCCGCUCUAUCACGUUCAGCAGUUCUUCUCGAUAUUCCUCGAUCUCUUCCACAAGCUGAAGAUCACAAAGUCCUCAUACCAAUCCGAGCUUGAGGACUCGGUCAAGUUCCUGAAAGCCGAGUUCCACGAGGAAACCCUCAAGCGAGCAGAGGCCAUUGCCGAGAAGCUGAGGGGUAGCCGGAUCGUCCUGCUGAGCACGGCGGACUGGUACAUCACCCUCCUCAAGCAGACAACCAUGUUUUUCAACGAAAUCGCCAUGGUUCCGACUCACAGAAACCUCCUGCACGAAUUCUCCCACACCGAAGUGGCUGCCUAUUCCGACCCGGCCAACAAGCAAGCCAUCGUCACCUUCUGCGACUCCAAUGCCGACGACUACACGAGGAGUAAGAUCCAGACCCUGGAAGGGCUGUUCGGUAGAAAGGAAGUCCCUCAGAACCGUAACAUCGAGUUUGUCAAUAUCGACAUUAACCAGGACAAUUUCUUCAAAAAGUUCUUCUUUACGCACUUUUUUACAAUUUAUAUUGCGUAUUACCUAGGGAAAUACUCCGACGUGGAGGGGAGAGACUUGAUCUCGAUCGCCGCGAAGAACCCUUGGUGGAGCCAGCGCUCGAUCGAGCUGUUCCCCAAGUGUAUCGAUAUCCCUUCGGUUCUCGAGUCCUAG